AUGAGCUCCGUGGAACGUAACAACCCGCCGCCCCGGCGCAAGUCCUGUGACGCAUGCAGGGCCGCCAAGCGCCGCUGCGAUCUCGCCCUCCCGGCCUGCUUCCGCUGCACCCGCAGGGAUAUCGCGUGUGUUUACCCGGGACUGCCGGCGGAGCAGAUCCCUGAGUUACUGGCGCUGUUGAAUGGACAUGAUAAUGUUGGUGGAACAAAUGCAUGCGCUGAGGAAUUUAUGUUUGAUGCUAUGCCGACUCCACCUAUGCUAGACCUGGGUCUCGAAACGCCGAGCCAGCCGUUGCCGUUACCGUCGGCGUUCGAGGACCAGAGUCGAUUGUACACCGUUCCAGUCCCGGUAUACACCGGCAAUGGAGAAAUGGUGCACGUUCGAUCGGAAAUGACGUUCUCGCUGUCUGAGCUCAUGGCCUCGCGCUUCCAGUAUGCUAUCGAUAUCCUCAAAGACACGCCUCGGAAGAUGGUUACUGAGAAUCAGACGCCCUGGUCUCAUGCCCAGCUAUACAGCAAUGGGAUGCCGAAGGCUAUGCAGGACGCCUACGCCUGCUGCGCCCUGUACAUCGCCAAGAACCCCAUCAACGCGCCCAUGAUCACAUCGCACAUUCACUCGCGGCAUCAAGAACUCACUCUGUCGCCACUGCCCUCAUCACCCCCCGACCUCCUAGCACAUACACACGCCCUGCUCCUAUACACAAUCAUGUCCCUCUUCGACGCAGACCUCCACGCGCUGAAUACGUCGGUGCAUCUCGACACCCUCACCAUGUCAGCCCUCCAAUCAUCCGCCUCCCUCCUCUUCAGCAGCACGCACUUCCCCCCAUCCCCAUCCCCAUCUCCGUCUCCAGACGGCACAGCCACAAACUCAGCUAUAGUGCCCCCAGCAGGAACAGCACCAUCCUUCUGGCCCCUCUGGACCGUCGAAGAAUCCGCCCGCCGCACAAUCCUCUUCACGUUCUACGUCCUGCAGAUCCUGCGUCUGUUCCGCGGCGAUCAGGACAUGAAGUGCGAUGGGAAGCUCGGGCUGCUGCAUAGCUGGUAUGCGUCGGCGUAUCUGUGGAAUGCGCCCUCGGCGGUGGAGUUUGGGGUUGCGUGGGAGGGGAGGGAGCAUUUUGUUGUGCGGAAUGUGGAUUUUGGAGAUUUGUUACGGGAUGCGCAGCCUGCGGAUGUGGAUGUCCUUGGGCGGAUGCUGCUUGUGACGAGUUUGGGGGUUGAGAGGGUGAGGGGGUGGUUUGGGGGGAGGGGGGCGGUUUUGUAG